CGUUCAUAAUUCACAGAUAUUAUGCUUCAUGUAAUGUAACGGGAGGAAAAGUUGCAGAGUAUUGAAAAGUGCUGUGCUUAAGAGUUAAAUGUUACACUGGUAAUGCGAUUGACCAUCUAAGUACUACAGUUUUAAAAUCAUUUCCUAGCUCGUUCACUAGGAAAUAUGUGUAGUUUGCUGACAAUUGGAUUAAGUUCAAUUGCGUUAGGUUAUAAGUUAAUGUCAAGGUAAAACCAAGGUUAAGGACGACGUAAAUUUAUACAGCAUGAGUCUUAGGAAAAAUAUUUUUCUGUGGACACCGUCGAAGAUAUUUUGUGAAAGGCCGUUCAUGACAACAGCCCUAAGAAUUCGAGAAGUGCGAGUUAGGUUUGCACCAAGUCCAACAGGUCAUUUACAUCUGGGUGGUUUAAGAACGGCAUUCUAUAAUUAUCUCUUUGCAAAGUCGCAUGGUGGAAAAUUUAUAUUGCGAAUAGAAGACACAGAUCAAAGCAGGAUUGUUCCUGACGCAGUUGAUAAAUUUGAAAAUGAUUUAGAAUGGGUUGGAAUUGUACCAGAUGAAAGUCCAUCUGUAGGUGGCCCUUACGGACCUUAUAAGCAGUCAGAACGUCUGUCCUUAUACAGAACAACACUGUUUUUAUGUGUUGUCCUACAGACAGUCUUCCUUUGUCAGCCAUCUUGUGUAAACUGUCACACGAGCAGGAACAGCACGGCACUAGCGCGCUCAGGAAGAAUGAGAAGUAAUCUCCAUUAUCUACUAAAUCAGGUCAAAUCUAUUCUGGAGAAAGGUGAAGGAUAUUAUUGCUUCUGUACUGACCGUCGUUUAGAUUUACUGAGACGUGAAGCUCUCAGAGCAAGGCAAGUCCCCCGUUAUGAUAACAGAUGUCGUCAUCUGUCAGAAGAAGAAGUUAAAGAGCGACUGGAUAGAGGAGAUAAUUAUUGUAUACGCUUCAAGCUGAUGUCAGAUGAAGAGGCUUUUGAAGAUCUUGUUUAUGGUAGAAUAAGUUAUAAUGUAGCACUAAAUGAAGGUGACCCUGUCAUCAUAAAAUCAGAUGGAUAUCCAACAUAUCAUUUUGCAAAUGUUGUUGAUGACCACUUUAUGAAAAUCUCUCAUGUGUUACGUGGCGUAGAAUGGCAGAUCUCAACAAGCAAGCAUAUAUUACUGUACAGAGCAUUUGGAUGGAAGCCUCCGGUUUAUGCCCACCUUCCACUUAUUUUAAAUGCAGAUGGUUCAAAACUGUCCAAACGACAAGGAGACAUCAAGGUGGAAAACUACCGCAAGGAGGGCAUAUUUCCUCAAGCAUUGCUUAACUUUGUGGUUGAUGCUGGAGGAGGGUUCACUAAGGAUAUGGGGAGAACAAAAUCUAGAAUAUACACAAUGCAGGAAUUAAUCCAACAAUUUGACAUAAGCCAUGUGAAACCUAGUUCUUGUCGUCUAACACCACAGAGGCUUCCAGAUUUUAAUAGUUUGGAACUUCGUCAGAAACUUGCUGAUAAAAAGGAGUUAGCAUUGCUGGUUCAGGAAGUUAAACAAUUGGUUUCAAGAACUUACAAGGAUAGAUUAGAAAACCACAAUUUACUUCUCCAAGAUGACCACAUCAUGUCUGUGCUAAGGUGGAGCCAAGACCGCAUUACAAAGCUGACUGACCUUGUGAACAGUAAUCUUGCCUUCCUGUGGGUUACCCCCUCCGUGCACACACUAGAGGACAUCACAAGUCACAGUAGUAAUUUAGGUGUUUUAGAAGAUAUUAGGCUGUGUCUUUCAAAGUUGCUGGAAGCUGAAUUUCGCAGAGAGCAUCUCAAAACUCUCCUGAAUGCGUUUUCUACAGAAAAGCAAUUGCCAUUUAGUAAACUGAUGAAACUGCUACGUUCUGCUAUCAGUGGCUUAAAGGAAGGACCUGGUGUUGCAGAAAUGAUGGAAAUACUUGGACAGACAGGCACAUUGGCCAGGUUAGACCAUGCUGUUACAGUGAUGAAGACAUUCCAGACAAACAAGUAGAACUUGAAGCUCUCUUCUGAGUUGUGUUUAGUUACGUAGUGUAUGCAGUUGUACUCUUUCAGCUGCAGAGUUCACAUAGUAUCAAAUGGGAAUAUGAUUGUGAAUGUUGUAUUUAGGAUGUUGAAGUCCCCCUCCUAAUUUAAGGUAUACCAAUUACUUGUUGAAAAGUGUGGCUUAGUACUUUAAAGUAUUAUCCAAGAAAUUUCUUGGCAGUACUGAGGAAAACUGUGUAGCAAGCUUCUGAUCCUAGAAUCAAGCCCUCAACCUUCUGAACAUCAUGCAAGGGUGACAGCUGUUUAACCAUUGCAUUUUAUUAAAGAAGGGGUUACUAAAGAUACCGUGUCACAUAAAUAAAAAUCUGAUAUCUCAGUAUGGACAGUUGGUUUGUAUUCCUGGUAGUUGUAUUGACAUUUGCUUCAGUUCCAUUAUCCAGAAUAGCUUGUGGGGUUUUGUCAUUAUUCCAAUGACUACCCACUUCUUCAGAAAAGUUUGUAGGUCCUGAAGAGGACCAUUGGCUGCUGGGAUGUUUGGCCGGUGAAAUAGCCCUACGUACGCCGGUAGAAAGAGAUGUUGGUUGCGGUGUGUGGACUGGCCGCAGUGUGGCCGUUGCUGGAGGUUGCUUGAUCGCAGUGCAGCACAUGGUGGAGGUGGCUUGAUCGCAGUGCGGCAGCUGCUGGUGGAAGUCUGGUUGUCGAGCGCUGUGUUUGGAGUGGAGAGGCAGUAGCUACGCCAGAUGCCCAGUGAGUCAGGCAUGACUGCCAGCUAGCCGAGGCAGCCCAGUGUGUCGGACAUGCCGUCGGAGAAGCGAGGCGGCCAUUCCUGGUGCAGCGCAGAGCCAAAGACUCCAAAGACCGAACGUUGGCGACAAAGUGUGCUGGCUGAUGUUGCCCAAGUGAAGACUGAUUGUAGACUGAUCGUAGACUGAUGACUGAUGCUGCCAGGUUGGAGCUGCUCCUUUUUAUACAAAGCGUGAUGGAGGAGCGAAAAUUUGCUGAGCGCUGAUUGGCUAGCGCACGUAAUGAUGUGGUUGCGGGCUAGCAGCAAGCACUGUAUAAAUGCGAACGUUGGAGGCAAUUUGAUUGGUUAGUGUGCGUGAUGGUGAAAAGUGAGUCGAAUAGUGAGCGUUGUAGAAAUAGCGUGUUAUGUGGGAUGUUCUCACAGGCUCUUAGUCCAAUUUUGCCUCCUAUUUAAAGAUUAAUGAAGAUUUGUCUUCUUGGAAACAUGCAACUGGACUGUGGUUGAUUUCAGAUGACCAGUUAUGCCACUCACAAUGCCCCACAGUUUUCUUCCAGUAAAAAGGAGUAUGAACAGAAGGAUUUCUGGUUUUACAAGAGGUCAGGUUGCAGUAUGCAUGAUGAAAUUGUGAAAUGUUUAUGUAUGAAUACAGAAAAACUGAUAAAUGGGAUUUGAGCUGGCAUCUGUAAUCAUUCAUUCAAAUCAAUUAACUGAAUUGAUAUUCUUUAUCUCAUCAGCUGAAAAUUUUAAAUUUAUUUAUUCCAUUCAGCUUUUAUAAGAUUUUGUCUUUAUGGCUGACUAGCACAAAAAUCAAGAGAGACCAGUUUUUAAACUAGAGUUUUUAAGAAUUAAUAACAAUCCCAUACAGAACACGAUAAUUUUAAUCUCAAGAGGCAUACAGAGCAUUCAGAAAGGAUUAUUUAUUCUUUACAGUAUGCCACCUUUAUACUAUGCCAUUGGUUAUAUGAUGGAACCUAAAUUGUUCAUAAAAGUAAAUUUAAAAUGGGCAGUCAUCCAGUCAUGGACUAAUGACACUGUAUUUAAUAGAUACUAUAGGGUUCUUAUGAUGGUGUGUAACACACAGAGAUACUGGGUUUUCAGACUUUGUCCAUCGUCCGGAU